AUGACACACACCGUUCACGUGGGUGCCCAAGGCUCACAAUCUCAGACAUUGAGAACACCCUCUUCAACUCCUUCCAAGACACCAUAUAGUCGACCAUUAUCUGAAGCGACCGAGAUAUAUGAAACUGAUGUGGAAGAUGACGAGAGCUUGUUUGAGGAGAACUCGCCCAAACCUAGCUUCAGUUCAGUGAGUGACUGCCUACUACUUUUGUCUCUUCUUAUACUGAUUUUCUACCAGUUCGAAAGCAGAAGAAGGAGCGAAACUACAAUUUCGUCUUUCGAAGAGGCCUUAACACCUCGUUCUGAUGUCCACUUUGAGCGGAGUGGUCCCUUCCAACUCCGUGGCAAGCCAGUCGAAGGGCCCAAAGGUCCUCAUCUGUUCCGUGCUUCUUGCUCUUCUGCAGAGUUUGCUUUCGACUAUGCUCUGCAAAUGUCUCCACUCUUUCCCAAGACUAUGGAGCUGCCACCACAGCAUAUCGCUACUCCGCCCCAGGAAUUUGCCUUCUCUCCACAGGACUUGUACGUCCCAGGUCUGGAUGCAGUACUCCAAUCUCCUUCUCCAUAUAGCGUGGAGAGAUGGUCAACAGAAGACGUCUUGAACUGGAUGCUCGAGACCGGACUACCGCAUGAGGUUGUCGACAAGUUCGAGAAGCACGAUAUCAAUGGAGCAAUCCUGAUGGAGCUCAAAUUUGAGAACUUGAAGGAGCUCGGGAUUGAAUCUUUUGGCAAACGGCAUCAGCUCUGGAACGCGAUACAGAAUCUCAGAGGUGGUGAACGUGGUCCAAGCCCCGUACCUACGCCAUUCCAGGAUAUCUCUCGACCUCCUACCAACGUUAGAUCGAUGUCAGAUGGUGACAUUUCUCGGGAUGCACUACCUGCUCUGUCGCUGGAAGAUGACAUGACACCAGUCACUCCUAUUCGCCACAAGAAACGACGUGGUCGAAAGAAUCGUCAACAUGACGACAUCAUCACUCCCGCAGAGUCUGUCUCCAUUGUUGCCAUCGAACAGUUGAUGCCCAAGGAGCACAACUGCGCAAAGGGCGAGAACUGUUCCAAAUGGCGUAAGCAACAGAGACUAUUUGCUCGUGUUCGUGAACAACAAGGAUAUCCUAUCAGCCCUGAGCAUGGCGGCCAUAUCUUGAUCACAGGCGACCCUGGCAAUGCUACCACUGCCUACAAGGUCGUCGACAAUGGGUACCGCCAGCAAGAAGCCUCACCUCAUAUUGAAGAAGAAUCGACUCGACCUGUUUCGGAGAACAUGCCGCCGUCGAUUGUGGCCUCUUCUGAUCUUCUCGGUCCUGGUCAACUACCUACGUUUGCACUUCAUGAAAACAUGCUUGCUCAGCUACAGACCAGAGACCCUCAGGAGAAUGUCAAGCAAUUCCUCAACUUCCAGCAUGUGUGUCAGCCGCAAGUCGAAGCACCGCCCACGCCCCCUCUUGACACUUUCCCGGGCAAUGGUUUCGAGAUGUUUCCUAGCAUCCACCAAGAAGCCUAUCCUUCUCUGCAGCGCCCAUCAGUAACUCAAGAGCCACAUGGAAACCUCAAGCAUCUGCCAAAGUUAUCUAUCCCCCGCUCUGCCAGUGCAAACCCGUGGUUGGGAAGGCCAAAUGUCUUUUCUCCUGCAGACACCGUCAUGUCUCCUUGUCGCAGUGCCACCGCCUCUCCUGGAGCCAACCACAUCUACCGCUAUGGUACCCCCGCCUCGGAGAUGGACGUUCCCGUCACCGCUAUCCCCAUCGGUCCCAUCUCGCGCGAUACGAGUCAAUCUGUGCCACCCAACAUGCAAUACCGCGAGCACACACGCACAGACUUCCGCCGUCAACCCAGCGGCACGCUACCCGCAUUGGACGAGAACGCAGUCUUCUCACCUGCCACAGCACUCGCUCGCACCCCCACCAAGCUCCUGCAUGUGGUCGACAAGGACAAGCAANAAGAGAUGAAAAAGGCACACAUGCAAGCCACCUACGGCAGCUCCGUGUCCCACACCGGCUUCAUGAAGAAGCGUAAAACCAAACUCUUGCACCACGAAUGGCAGAAUGCGCAUUUCCGCCUCCAUGGCACGCAGCUAGCCAUGCAUAAGAACAACAGACUCUCAGCCAUCAUGCUGGACAGCAUCAACGUCGAUGACUAUUCCGUUGCUUGUGCAUCACUACCUUCCAACAACAAACUCACCGCCGCUCUCAAGACACUCAAACUCGGUGGCGACAAGAAAAGUGAUGUUGCCACUGUUGGUGCAUUUGCAUUCCAACUCGUUCCUGCUGCUGGUGGCGAGAGGGCCAAACUGGUUAGCGGUAAGACUCACCACUUUGCUGUUGGCAAUAGCAGUGAGAGGAUUGAUUGGAUGAGAGAGUUGAUGCUUGCGAAGGCGUUGAGGCAGAAGGAGAGUGGCUUCGAGGUGGAGCAUAAUGGCGCGAAGGCCUGA